AAUUUACCCCUGCACGCACGCCAAGAAGCAUGGUCUCGAUGACGACGACGACGACAACAACAACCCUGGUGGACCCCGUCGCGGCCUACCGCACCAACCCCGACUACGAAAACCUGAGCGACAAGGCCUUUGGCGACGACAGCCUCUUUGACGUCGAGAAGCACUUUAUCCACUCGCUGCGCAACAUUGGUGGCAAGUACGAGUCGUUUGUCGUCUUUGGGCAUGUCGACAAGCAGUCCACGACGAGCUUUGUGCAUUUCGGGAGCAGUCUCUGCGGCCACGAGGGCAUUGUGCAUGGCGGGUGCAUCUCGACGAUUUGCGACGAGCUCUUUGGCUGGACCAUGUACUGGGUCAUGGACAAGGCGGGCUUCACAGCGAAUCUGAAUGUCAACUUUCGCAAGCCGCUGCCGGCGCAAACGCUCGCGAUCGUGACGACGGAGCUUGAGCGCAUCGAGGGCCGGAAAGUGUACCUCAAGGCCAAGGUUCAGGACGCGGACGGCAACACGUACACGGAAGCCACGUCGCUUUUCAUAAUGCCCAAGCCCGCCCACGUCGAAUAGACAACCAAGUUCUAAUCUAAACUCUAUCUUGCUUAUUUU